UCUUCUACAAAAACAUAGGUAGAGUACCCAGACCUAGUCAUUCCAGAUCAAAUAACUUAACCGUGAAGAUGCUGCAGAGAAGAACCUCAAAGAUAAACCAAGAGGCUGCUACAUACGCAACAAAAUUAGACCAAGAGUUUGAUUUAGCAGAGUCUUUAGGCGAAGGCGGAUACGGACAAAUUUUUAAAGCCAAACGAAAAUGUGACAACAACGAAUUCGCCAUCAAAAUAAUCAAAUUUGAGUCAAACAUGGAGGAUCUUGGCACAAUCAGACGAGAGGCGAAAAUUUUGUCGGAACUCAACCACAACAACAUCGUCCGAUAUUUCAACUCUUGGAUCGAGACGGCACGGGUUCCGAGUACCGAAUAUGGGAAAUGCGAAGACGAAAAUUUGUGUUCAGAAAUUCAGAAAUUGUCUUUGGACGGUUAUAUGAGUAGCGAGCACGCAGACGAUGACGAAGACAAUUUCGACGACGAAGACGAAUAUUAUGACGAUUCUGAGUACGACGACGACGACGACGAUGAUAGUGUCGUCGCCUUCCAGGACAACUACAUAGAAUUGAGAUAUUUGUACAUCCAAAUGGAACUGUGCGAGAAGCGCAACUUGAGGGCUUCCAUCAGAAGCAAUCUAUAUUUAGACGAAGACAAAGUCGCUAAGUAUUUCAGAGGGAUUUGUGAGGGUUUGUCUUAUAUACACAGGAACAACAUCGUGCAUCGGGAUCUCAAACCGGAGAACAUCUUUCUGACUUCUGACGAUGUGAUCAAAAUUGGUGAUUUUGGGUUGUCGAAGCAGAUUUGUCGGGAGAAUGAGUUGGACGCUUUUCAAAGCGAAGAGCUUCCGUAUGGGUCGCUUACGGCUCCUUGUGGUACGCAGGUUUACAUAGCUCCGGAACUUUUUGCAGGAAAUAGGUUCAACAUCAAAGCUGACAUAUACAGCUUAGGUGUAACGUACUUCGAAAUGUGUUCAAAACCCAUGACCGACAUGGAAAAGUCUUUCAUUUUUCCCUUGACACAAGAAAAGUGGAAAAGUGUUAAUUUUGCGACCAACAACACCAACAAGAAAAAUCUUCUAAGAAAUCUUCUUCACAUCGACCACCACGAAAGACCAAGUUGUGAGCAAAUUCUCAAAGUUCUAACUUCUGGCAAAUCUACCGAAGAAAUCAAAGCAGUGAUUCAGCAAAGUAGAAGGGUGACGAACCAAGAACGCAAAUUUUUUGAAGGAGCCUUGAAAUCGAUAAGUCCUGAAAAAGUCGCAGCCACUACUCUUUUUCUGAAAAAGGCAAAACAGAUAUUUAAGUUACACGGAGGCCAAAAGAUUCCAAUGCCAAUCUUCAUGCCAUCAUUCCCCAAGCAUUCUAACAAUCUGACGACUUUGCUGAACACUAGUGGCAAUUCCAUUUCUCUCUCAAACACAUCUAGAAUUUCAUUUUCUUACUACGUGGCCAAUAAGAGAAUCCAGAAAAUCCGAAGAUACUCCACAGAGAAAGUUUUCGAAGAAGGUUACUAUUCUCCCACAGAAGUCCAAGAGUGUCUCUUUCAAGUUGUUAGCAACCAAGUCGAAGAUUUUGUAGCUGAUGCCGAAAUGCUUCACGUCACACAGAAAGUUUUAGAAGAAGCAUUUCCAAACGAAAGAAGAAAAAUCAUUAUUAUCAACCACGGUCUUAUCUUUAAAGAAAUUUUAAAAUGGUGUGGACUUUCAAAAAAGGAUUCUUCAACAUUAACCAACCUUUUGAUUAAUUCAACUGUAAUUUCUGCACAGACCUUCUCUUCGUUGCAAUUAGAUGAAAAAAUAAACUCGUUUCUUUGCAAAAUAAUGCAACAUUAUGACGUUGGAAGUUGCGAGAAAUAUUUGUCUACAUUUUUUAAUAAAUCUGAUUUAAUUCAGACGGCAUUCAAGCAGCUGAGAGUGAUCAUGGAAAAUGCGAAAAAAUUCGGAAUGAAUUGGACAAUAUAUUUGGCACCGCUUUUAGUAAAUCAAAGAAGUUCUUCGGGUUUUAUGUUUCGUGCUGUAUGCGGAACUCAGGUGGUGGCAAAUGGUGGCAGAUUUGACUCUCUGAUUAAACAGUGUGAACUGAAAAAAAAGAGAAAGCCGAUGAAUAUUUCAGCUGUUGAUGUUUCCUUUAAUGUCGAAGCGAUUGUUAAAUCACUAAUGUCACAGGACGAGAACCCAAGGAUUAUUCAUUUGUUUAGUGGCACUAUAUUUGCAAUGGAUGUCAUUAUAACGAAGCGUUAAGUGUGAGAUCGUUAAAGAAUAUUGUUUCAGUUGACUCAGCUCAAGUCAUUAUUCAAUUUCUACAAAAAGAUAUUUGCCUUAUGCAGUAGGUGAAGAUAGCAGUUUUUUCCACCAAAAUCUUGGUUUCAAGGUCACAGCAGUGGCCCGCUUUUAGGUGGUAAAUUUGAACUAGUGGCAUCAAAUUAUCCUAUUUUGUUACAAAUAUUUCGAACUUUUUUAGACAGCUGAGGAGAAUUUUUCGAAAUCUUAUAAAACAUGUUUAUUCAAAAUCGGUUAAUUUAGUAUUGUUAAGAAAGCAAACAUUAAAUCCAAUCUUAUUAGUA